AUGCCAUUGGAGCAAUACAGAAUGAGUAAAUCUGACGGGGUUGGCAGCGAUGGUGUGUCCGAGAUGGCAGUAUUACAGCAGCCCCUUUAUUUUCACUCGAACCUUGAAGAGACAAGGAAGCAGAUUCUGAUGUCUGUGUGGUCAACGUCUGUCAUCGAGGUUUCUCGUGAACCUCUAGACCAAGUCUUCUCAGAAGCAGCUCUCCUCGGCCGAUCCAUCCCAUCCCAUCACCUUCAUAGCUUUUCACCCCGGGGUCGACAGUCCCUGGGGCCCCUGUGGGGCCAGCAAUUGCUGGACCCCUCUGAAGGUGCAUUCACGUCGGUAUAA